AUUUAAGCAUGGAAAACUUGCGCACAAUUCAGAUAUAUCGCUCGAUCAAGCCCUCCUACUGCUACCAGGGAUCGAUUCCUCGCAGUCAGCUGUUUGUUUUCCCAUACGAGGAAUUAAUCAAAUAUUACAGACCAAGUGGCUUUUUAGACCAAUUCGUCAAAUUUCCGGACAAGAGAAUUAAUAGUUUCCAGACGAUUUAUGAUGUUUUGCAGAUGCCGCCAAAUGUGAAAAUUGGAAUAAUCGGUGGUUCCGGUCUGGAUAACCCGGACAUUUUAAGGAGCCAAACGGAAAAACGCGUCACUACUCCUUAUGGCGAACCCUCGGACAUCCUUAUCUUGGGCGAAAUAGGGGGUGUGGCGUGUGUGCUGUUGGCCAGACAUGGGAGGAAGCAUGAUAAAAUGCCUGGAGCAGUGAACUACAGAGCAAAUAUUUGGGCAUUGAAGCAAGAAGACUGUACUCACAUAGUAGCAACAAAUGCUUGCGGAUCUCUGCAGGAAAACAUCCGACCAGGGAGCCUAGUGAUUUUAGAUGCCUGGAUAGAUAGAACGACAAACCGCAUUCAAACAUUUUACGAUGGAGAGCUGGGCCAUCCUCCGGGAGUGUGUCACAUGCCCAUGGAGCCAGCUUUCCAUCCUUUACUGCGACAGGUGAUGCUUGAAGCGGCUUUCCACAUUGGGCUGCAGGUGAAGGACGGUGGCUGUAUUGUAGCUAUAGAAGGGCCACGGUAUUCUAGUAAAGCUGAAAGCCUGCUUUUCCGAAAAUGGGGCGCUGACCUAGUGGGGAUGACCACCGUGCCUGAGGUGGUGCUAGCUAAAGAAGCUAGGCUAAUAUAUGCAGUUAUUGCAAUGGCAACUGAUUGGGACUGUUGGAGGUCGACUGGGGAGAAAGUUUCUCACAAUGCAGUUCUGAAGGUGUUUCAGGAAAACGUUCAGCAAAUAGUUAACCUUCUCCAAGCCCUAAUUCCAAAAAUUGCCCAGCAAAAUUGGGAUGAAGCCAUCAAGCAGAUACAUUCACUGGUAGCAGACAGUGUGAUACUGCCGGAAUAAUUGCAAAUAUGGGAUCAAUCUAGAACUUUCUUGGCCCGCACUCACUUGUAAUUACACCUAGACGUCUAUGAAUCUGGAGUAGGCUCCAAACGAGAAUGUAUUCAAUUUCGUCUUGAGACACUUACACUUAGAGCUAUUAUCAGUACAUAUUGGGGAAUCACACAGGAUAUCAGGAAGAGACAGUUGGUUAAAACUGCACCUGAGAGUGUCUAUCUGAGGCUGCCUUUGUAGUUAGCAAUGCAUUUUACUAUAUUUCUUGUUCUUUUAGAUGUCAAUUCGAUACGGUUCUCAAGGUUCCUGUAAGAGUAUUAUACAGCCUGACUGACUUAAAGUCUCCCGUGCAUUAUUUUGCUUUUUUAUCAUUUAUUUACUUAUUUAACGACUUCAUAUUGAAAAUACUUUCAAUUUGAUCGCUUUUUGUCUUGACAAUAUGCUGCACGCAAGUGACUUUGUAGUAAUACGUUAUAGUAGUUAUACGGUGCCAUUCCUG